GGCGGGUAUAAAUGACCAAUAAAAAAAAAACAAACAAAAAAAGGAGGUUCUGGUGGACUGUGCCCAAUUUCAUUAUGCUUGGGUAUAUAAUAGAUAGAACGCAAGGUUUCGACUCAUUCUGUACUUCUUCUUUCCUAUUUCCUUAAUUCCAUAUAGUGUAAAAUUAUUCUUCUCCAUUCCUUCAAAAUUCAACACAUAACCGUUUUUGCUGUACAAUUACCGACAAAUGUCAAACAGAAAAGAAUUUCUACAUUGUUAUAUAGAUAAAAAAUCGAUAGAACUGAUAUCCAUCCUUGGAGCAGGCUCUUAUGGCGUGGUUUACAAAGGCCGAUAUACACGCAUUAAUGGCCCAACCCAUUAUUGCGCUGUUAAAUGUAUGAAAGACAAUAAACUCGCACAAACCGAAGUAGAUAUGCACAAGAGAGUAGGAGGGCAUUCAAACAUUCUUACAAUGGAAAGAAUAGUAAGAGAGAGAGGGCAUGUAUUCAUCAUCAUGGAACAUGCUGAAGACGGAGACUUAUUCACUAAACUCACACAAGCGCAUACUAUCUUUCAUCAAGAAAAUACUACGACUGCCAUUAUCCGCCAUUAUUUCCUUCAGAUACUGGAUGCCGUUCAGCAUUGCCAUUAUCGCUUUGUAGCACACCGUGACAUAAAGCCAGAGAAUAUUCUGAUACAAUCAAACAAUACGGUCAAACUGGCUGAUUUCGGCUUUGCAACGACACAAUUGGUUUCGCGACAGUUUCAUUGUGGUUCAUUAAACUAUUCCUCACCAGAAUGUCAAGGAAUUGUGCCAUAUUUUGAUACCGCAACAAAAUCCGUGCAAUGUCAUAACGCUGCUUUCUAUGAUACAUUUGCAAACGAUGUUUGGAGUAUAGGAAUUACCGCGAUAAAUUUGGUGUUUGCGCAGAACCCUUGGUCACAAGCAAACCUCACUGAUCCUUCCUUUGUUUCGUACGUGCAACAACCGCGUCAGUACUUUCGUAAAGUUUUCCCCAAUAUUUCGGAGGGAUUUGAACAUAUAUUGCUACGCAUUUUUGAGCUUGACACUACGAAAAGGAUCAGCUUACCAACAUUGAAGAGUUUGGUCCUCGGAUGCCGAUCAUUCACAACUGAUACCAAAAAUACUACUUUUGCACAAAAUAUAUUCCCUGCUGCAAUAAUAACAAGCAACCAGAAAAUGGGCAAUUCCUAUGACUUUAUUGACGUCUACGUGCCGCAGCUAUUAACACCUCCAUCUUCGUUCAGAGAUUUUAAAAAAUAUACCCCUUUUCAAUUAGAACACCAACCAUACUGUAAGCUGGAGGAACAGAAGAGUAAUUCUACUGCUCCGACCAUAAUGACCUUCACAUAUUCCUUCACAGACACUAUUCUUGCCUACAUUGGAGAUUAUACAGAUACCGUCGCUGCGAACAGUAAUGGCAGUAGUAAUAAUAUUACUCAUCAAUUAAUUUUCGAUAAGCAUUUAGCUGCAAAUGUAAUUGAUCUCCUACUAUCAUGAGAUUCCCGAAUUUUUCUUCAAAACUUCUUUAGUAUGAAGAAUCAAUGAAGACGCUACUAAAACAAAUGAAGCAAGACAAUUUAGCACUUAUCCGUAAAAAAGAAGGAGGUAAGAAGGAGCUGUUGGCGUUAUCGUGGCAAUAAUGAGCCAAAUAGACUGAGACUCUGAAUAUACUCAGAGGUUACAAUUCUGUCAUACAUUUACUCAUCUAAAUCACGAACCUGAGCUGGAAAACUAUAAAUUUGACUUGUCGUCCAC